UCUAUUUUCUUGACAGUAAACAAGAUUUAACCUGAAAACGGGUUUGACAUUUUGUUACAGAACUGGAUGUUUUAAAAUGGUAAGAAAAAGGUCCAGAACAACAUCAGCGAGACGUAAGUCGCGAAAACUGUACGAUAGUGAUGAAAUUGAGAGCGAAAGUGACUUGGACUUAGACAGUGCCCCAUCAUCACCAGCCCCCAAAAGGUACACACUCCGACAGCGAAAACGACCAGUAUUUUGUGAGGAUUUUGACUAUGAGGACGAGGAGGAAUUAAACGUAAAUCGUCACCAUUCUGAUGACGAGGAGUACGAUGUUGAAGAGGACCUGACCGAUGUUAAAGAAACCCAAGUUAUGCGUAACAAUAAAGGCCAUCCCAGACGAAACAGCACUCGGUCGUCACAGGUCUCAGUCAGUCGAAUCGAACCAGAUACCACUGAGGCUGAAGAAAUACCCAUGCAGAAUGGUCUAAUUGACUUCGAAGAUGUUAUCAGAGCCGACGUAGUCGUAAAUAAACAGGUUCUUGACUAUGAUAAUAUUAUAAACAGAUCAGAAAUAGAAGUGGAUCCACUGUCAACCAACGAUAGACUGACGAUUUCUCCGCUGAAAGAAAAAGGUCGACGGGGGAGGAAGCCAAAAGCACCAGUCAAAGCAGAACCGAAGGAAUCUCACGGAAGCACUACCGAGUUUUUGGACACCUCAGCGGAUGAUGAUAACAAUUUAGAAGUACAAAUUGAUCCACUGAACUUUGUACAAUCCGAUUUCGAGGAACACAGUAGUACACAAAGUAAUGGAAAAUUUCCGCGAGCGUAUUUCAAUGAAAGGGCUGCAAUUUCAGAAGAUAAAUCCAGAGAAACCUCGUUGAAAAACGGUUCGUGCAGCCCAUUACUAGUCGCUGAUGUCAUAGAAAGAUAUGUUCCUCCUGAACUAGAUGAAAAGGAAAAGAAAGUCGUUUUAAGUAAUGAAUACCUCCUAGGCAAUAGUUUUGAUAUGAGUGCUGAUGAAUUUCUUGAGAAACAAGCACAAAAGCAUGAUGCUCUAGAAGAGGAUGAAGUAGUCGUUCCUCUCGUAAAUUUUGAUGAUGACAGUAAUAGCGAUGACGAUGUCGUUAUUAUUGAAAAGAAACCAGAAAUCAUUGUUUUAGAUGAUGACUAAACUAUUUAUUGUACAUUUUGUAAAGUUUUUAGAUUAAUUGUAUGUUGAGAAUCGAAUUCAAAGAUUUUUAAUAGUGUUUUGUGAUAUAUUCAAGCAGCACAUUUCAAGAUCUAAAUUAAGUGUUUAACAUAGUUGUGAUCAUUUGAAUUAGGACUGAAACGAAAUCGUGAAAAAUGAAGUGUAAUUUUACGCAAUUGUCUGGAUAGUUUUUUUUUUAUCAAUAAUAAGAAGAACAAUGAA